UCAGAGAAACUUCUCUCCAUCUGAAAGAAUGGCUCCAACCUACAUGACUGACUACUCUAAACUUUCCAACAAGGAAAAGCAUAAAUUAAGAAAACCAGUGGUGGAAAAGAUGCGCCGUGAUCGCAUUAACAACUGCAUCGAGCAGCUCAAAUCUAUGCUGGAGAAGGAGUUUCACCAGCAAGAUCCAAACACUAAGCUGGAGAAAGCUGACAUCUUGGAGAUGACGGUGGCUUUUCUGAAGCAGCAACUGCAGCCCAAGACCUCAGCUCCACAGAAUGCCCACUUUGAUGGCUACUCCCAGUGUUGGAGGGAGACUAUGAGCUUCUUAUCUGGAAACACCAAGGUGGAUGCUGUACGUCAGCAUCUGAAACACUACCAAGAAGGCCAGAGACCAUCUGAAGAGCUUAUUCAUGUGUCUCCAGCUUCCCAUCAGCCCAUCAAGGUCAAGCAGGAACCAUGUGCUCACAUACCUCUCUGGAGACCCUGGUAGACCAUGAAAGACUUCCACUGAAAAACUAGAUGGUGGUUUUACCAUCUCUUAUGCUGUAGGAGAUCCUUCCUUUUUUCUAUAUUAUUUUCUUGUGAAAGAAUGUGUUUUUAUGGUGCUUCUACUUAGUUUAUGAAUGGAAAUGGGUUUUACAAUGUGAAAGUCUCAUUUUCUACAGGUGAUUAUAUUAUAAUCAGAGGUUUAUUGUAACACCUCUAUAGUUUUCCUCAUGGAUGAACAGAGACUUCACAAUGAAGAGUCAGUGAAUAUAUUUAACUCCUGUGGAGUCAAAGACAAAGUAAUUAUUUGCAAUGUUUGAUAUGCAAAUGUUAUAGUUUCUUCUUAUGAAGGAUAU